GAAAGUCAGCGCCAUUGUGGCGUAAGCACAACUUGAGGGAAAAGUAGUUCUAAGAGAAAAUGGAACGUUUCGCCGUUUUAAGUGAAAAUUAUUAAUGUAAGUGAUGAAAAAAGGUUAAAAUAGGUUUAGCAUAUUUCGAAUAAUGUCGAUAGUGUCCAAGUGUGUGUUAGAAAUGCAUUAAUUUAGAGAUGAAAAUAUGAUGGCGUAGUAAUCGGACCUUUACCCAUAACCUCCUUUCGUGUUAUUGGAGUAGAGAUACGGAAUUAAGUUGUGUGUCAGAUGUGUCCAUCAUUUUGGAUUAUUGAAAAAGUUUGGUGGCGUUAUUUAUUUACAGAAUUUAGAGUGUGAUUUAGUGAUUAAUCUAGUAUGUGUUUACAAGGACCAGGGUGCAAAUUGGGCUCCCAAAAUGAAGGAAAGCAUCCGUUGCUGACUUUAACGGCGGGGUGUUGGCAACGAUCGGCCGUGCCGUGCAACGAUCGCCGCAGCCGCAGCCGUUUUUCUUAACAUGGCUGCAACGCAGGCCGAAAACCAAGAAAAUGACGUGAAUAGUGAGAAAGUGCAAAAGGAUCAGCAGCAUCUGAAUGUGCGGAAUUCCUUGUUGUUACAAAAUGGGACCGAUAAGAGCGGUGUUCGCGGAGCUGCUGCCACUGCCAGUGCCAGUGCCGCCACUGUAGCCACUGUAGUGCACCACACAAAGGCUAAAAGCACCGGCAAAGCCGCCAACAAACUAAACGCUAACGAUAUGAGCCAAUACAACCGACAACAAGACGGCGGUGGAGCUGGUGCUGCUGGUGCCGCCUCAGCAGCCGCUGCCACGGGCCCCCCGCCGCCGCCACCGACGGGACCCCCGCAGGCCACGCCGCCGCCGACGUCGCCGCCGCCGACAAACGCAAACCAGGGAGCCGCCACCGGUUCAGCGCCUCCUCCUCCUCCUCCUCCUCCUCGCUCACCUCAGACCGCCACUCUCUCUUCUCAAUCUCCAAACGAACCGCCGCCCAACACGGCCGCGGCUUCCGGUUCUGCCGCCGGCAAUAACGGCCAGACCAAUCAACCGCCGCCGGCGGAACCGGCGGAACAUCCACAUCCGGCUCCGGAUACACAAAACAUGUAUCCGGCGACGACGGAAGGGGCUCCGCCACCGAUGCCGCUGCCGCCACAGCAACAGCAUCACGGCCCACCGUCGGGGGGCCCGGGCCCCGAAUCCGCACCGCCGCACGGUGGUUACGGUGCUUAUCCGCCAUACGGCAGGGACGUUCAUAGUAUACAUAACAGUGCUUCAGUACCGGCACCGGCUGGUGGUGGCCCUAAUGGUCCGCCACAACAGCAGCAGCAGCAGCAAGAAGGUGGCGGCGGUGUGCACGCGUUCGGUCCGCGACAACCUUUUGCCGGACAGGCACCUGGGGCUAAGCAGAUACCGCCGCCCCAUCCGCAUCAGCAACAAGCACACCAACCCCAUCGUUUUGUCGCCGGCCAACCCACCGGUCCGACACCGACACUUAACGAACUUCUCCAGAGAAACAACAACGCGUUUAUGUGCAACACAAACAAUUACGAUCCUUACAAGGGUUGGUCGUCGCAAAAGCAGCAUCCCCAGACAUAUGGGCAACCAGCAGGUCCUCCUGCACCUUACAGAACACAACCAGCUCUGUCGCCGGCAUACGGCGGCGGAGGUCCGGCGCCUAGCCCCGGCUACGGCGAAGGCAGAGCUGGUUGGCCGGGCGGUCCAGGGGGUCCAGGGCCAGGUCCUGGCCCCGGUCCCGGUCCUGGGCCCGGUAGUCCGGGACAAGCUGGAGCGGGCGGAACUCCUGUGAGCCAGCCGUCUCCGCAGCCUUCGCAACCGCCCAGCCAUUCGCCAGGACCUGGACCUGGGCCCGGGAUGCCGGCAAGCCCUCAGCACCAGCCGCAGUCGCAUCAAGGGUUCAAUCCGAACAGGCCGGCACCAGCUACCACGCCGAACGCACAUGCUCCCGAUGCGGCGGAUUUAAGUGGCGGAAAUAGCAACGACAGUAGCGGCGGUCCAGCAGCCCCGGGCACCCCGAAUUCGCAGGGAAUGCGCCCGACGCCGUCUCCGACAGGGUCGACGGGAUCGAGAUCGAUGUCGCCCGCAGUAGGGCAAAACAUUUCCAUUCCACCGCGACCGUCAAGCGGUCAGUCCGAUGGCAGCGGACCCACUCGCAUGAGCCAUUCCCCAAUGGUAUCGCAGAGCAGCUACCAGCCAUCACAUCCGUCUCAUGCUCCUCACGGUUACAAGGCCCAUCCGGGCAUGCUUCCCCAGGCCCAACAAAUGCCUCCUUACCAACAACCAAAUCAGUAUCCUCCCCAAGGGGCCGGUCAAGGUCCUCCCGGCCAAGGCUACCCGCCUCCGCGCCCUCCCCAAAAUUUGUCACAAUAUCCCGGCGGCCCAGGCGGCCCAGCUCAGGGCUACGGCCCCAUGGGCGGCGGUCAACCGCCUCCACCUCAAUCUUCUAAUAACAUGCCUCCAUCGCAAUUUCCAUCCCGACCGGGUUCGAAUCACAUUCAACAAAAUUCCUUUGCGCCUUAUCAACAACAGCAGCAGCAGCAGCAGCAGCAACAGCCACCUCAGCAGCAGCAGCAGCAGCCCCCUUGGCCGGCAGUGUCGAGUGCCGGUUCGAAAGGGAACGGGCCGAAUCCCCCGCAACCGCCCGGAUCUCCGGGUCCGGGAGGUCCGACGCCUCGACAGCCGCACUACCUCAAACACCACCUGCAGCACAAAAUGGGAUUUGCCGGCGGACCCGGAUCCGCGCCUCCCAGUCCCGGGCCGCCGCAACCGAAUUACCACAUGGGACCUCCCGGUUCGGCCGGCCAUCAUCACGGCAUGGGCCCGCCGCCCUCCAUGGGUCCCCCAUCCAGUAGUCCCCUUCUACCGAACAGCCAUCCCAGUCACGACGGGCCCAUGCCACCUCCCAGUUCCACCCCUAAUUCGCAUUCCCAAAUCGGAUCGUCGGAUAUGAUGGACAACGGUAUCACAACGCAAGCCCAAGCCGGCUUAAAUACCCAUGUUACUGCGGCCUCCAGUGGCUCUGUCACCUCGGUCGUAACCACCGGUCCAGAUGGAACGCCGAUUGACGAAGGCUCCCAACAAUCCACCCUAUCAAAUGCAUCAGCCGCUUCAGGUGAAGAUCAUCCCCAGUGCACGACUCCGAAAGGUAAUCGAAGCAGCAGCAAAAACGACAUGCAGCAUUACGGGCAUCCGACAACGCCGCAAAGCACAGUGCCGUCGCCGGGAGCAGCCAGCAUAAAUUCGAUACACGACGAUUACGGAGAAAUAAACAGCCCUAGCUGGCCCAGAACGCCAGCCAGUCCGGUGUUUAACAGUCAUGUGCCUCCAUCGGAUACCUACCGCUCAAAGAAAACCGAUAGCCUAAGCAAACUGUACGAAAUGGACGAGAGCCCAGAGCGAAGAGCUUGGCUGGAUAAGUUGCUCGGUUUCAUGGAGGACAGAAGAACUCCAAUCACCACAUGCCCCACAAUUUCGAAAAAUCCUUUAGAUCUGUUUCGCUUGUAUAUGUUUGUGAAAGAGAGAGGUGGCUUUAUGGAGGUGACGAAAACCAAGACGUGGAAAGAUAUUGCCGGCAUGUUGGGAAUCGGAGCGUCGUCGAGUGCGGCCUACACCCUGCGAAAGCACUACACGAAAAAUCUGCUCGCGUACGAGUGCCAGUUCGACAGGGGCGGCAUCGAUCCGCAGCCGAUCAUCAACCAAGUGGAGGCUAGCUCCAAGAAGAAGGGCGCCAAAGCGGCCUCGGUGCCGUCGCCGGGCUCCUCGAAUUCGCAGGACUCGUUUCCGCCGCCUGGCUCGGGCGGCGCCUCCAUGGACGGCUAUCCGCCCUACGGAUAUCCGCCGCCUUCCGGCAACCCGGAUUACCCGCCUUCGCAGAGGCCUUCGUCGCAGUCUGCUCCCUCGCCUCACGGAGGUUCAGGAGGGGCAAAUCAUUUAAACAGUGCAGCCCCUGGGGGUCCAAGCCCUGCAGGCGGGGCUGCAGACAACGUAAACGUUUCAAAUCCUUUUGACGAUGUCUCCCCGAGUCCAUCACCACGGGGUGGCCCUUUUCCAGGUGGCCCACAUCCUCCCUAUCCUGCGGGCAAUCCACCCAGGCCUUCUUCAGGUCAGAAUUACUCCGGCCAGCCUGGAUAUCAACAAUAUCCAGGUCCCGGUGGUCCGGGCCCAGGGCCCGGGCCUGCCGCGCCCCCAGAUCAGUAUUCUCCGUACUCGACUAGUUCAGGUUAUUCAGCAGCCGUUAGACCAGUGUAUCCUCCAUAUUCAGGUGACUCGGGCGCGCCGCCUCCGUCGUCUCCGAGCAACGCUUCGCAGGGAGGACCGGCGCAGGGACCGACCCCGCAGGACCACUAUCGAUACCAGCAAGGACCGCCCGGCCCCGGAGCCGGCUACCAGCCGCGGCCCAAUUACGUCGCAGCACCAGCGAACGCCGCCGGUCCGCCUGCCUCCUCGCAGCCGCAGCCUCCUUCCGGCCCUCCCGGUGCCGCAGGCGGUCAAGCUGGAGCAGCAGGACCGCCCUAUCCGGACUAUUACAACAGGCCGCCUUGUCCUCCAGAUCAGCAAGGUGCACAGCCUGGUGCAGGUGCUGGUGGGCCUUACCCUGGCGGACCUAGUCCUGGUCCCGGUGGACCUGGCCCAGGUCCUGGCGGGCCUGGAUCCGGUCCCGGUGCGCAAACGCCUAACAAGAACAUGCCGCCACCAGGUGGACCACCAAGGCGCCAUCCAGACUUCGCCAAAGAUCAACCUUACCAACCGUACGGCCAACCAAGAACUCCACACAUGUAUGGAAACUGGCCAAACAACUACCAAAACCGGCCUCUCCAUUACGGAAGCGGACCGGCUGGUCCGCAAGGUCCUCCAACGCAAUGGAAUCCAGGAGGAAGGCCUAGCGGAUCUUGGCCAGGCCAACAGGGUCCAGGCGGCUACGGCCAGUCCGGUCAGCCGCAGCAGCAGCAGCAGCAACAACAGCAGCAGCAACAACAGCAGCAGCAGCAGCAGGGCCAGGCUCCGCCACAGCAACAGCCGCAGACUUGGCAAUCGGCCGGAGGUCCGAACUCGAAUAUGCGCCCUAUAAGAAAACCAUUCCCGCCUCAAAUGAUGCCGCCGGGAGGAGCUAAAGGUCCUCAAGCGCAACCCAUGACCGGCAACUCGUAUUCUCACAACCAAAUGCCGAAAAGGGAGAUUACCUUCCCGCCGGACAGCGUCGAGGCCACCCAUCCGGUCCUGUACAGGCGCAAGAGAUUGUGCAGGUCGGAUCUUGGUCAGGUCGACGCCUGGAGGAUUAUUAUGAGCUUAAGGUCCGGUUUGUUGUCGGAGAGCACCUAUGCUCUCGAUAUGCUCAAUGUAUUACUUUUCGACGACUCCUCUGUCGGAUAUUUUGGACUAAGUCAAUGGCCUGGUCUUCUGGACUUGUUGCUUGAGCAUUUCAAACGAUCUUUAUACGACAUGUUUGAAGAACCGUCUGUGAAAGUGGCAACAACGAGCGAUGAGGAGGAGGAGAAUGGCAGCGGCAACGUCAACGUGGAGGAGAAACAGAUCGACCUUGGCGCUGUACUAAAUCCCAUUGAUCCCAACACAAAGACGGUUAUAUUGAAUAAUACCACCAACUAUUCUUUCGUUUCUCGUAAAGGUUAUCCUGUUAAAAUGAUUGAGCGAAACGAUGAUAUCUUUGUGCAAGAUAACGUUAAAGAGUGGGAUCUUCGUGGAGACGUUAAUCGUGCUAAUACGUUAGCAGAAAUUCCGUGCGAUCCUUGGCACACGACCGCAGAGCAUAUUCUACCAACUUUCCAAGCCGAAUUUGGCAACAUUCCCUUCCACAUGAGGCUGGUAGACAAAAAGAGGAAGGGCAUCAAAGAAGAUGAUGGUAGUUUAGUGGACGAGGACGAACAGCAGCAGCAGCAGAAGAAGAAAGUAAAGGAGGAAGGUGAAGUGGCCGACGAACAGGAAAAUGUUAAACCUACGGCACGAGAAUGCUCAUCUCCGGACCAGGCGCCCCCUCCCAACACAACUACGAACGCUUGUGACUGGAAACGUAGGACAAAAACAAAGACACUAAGUGAUGUGAUAUCUCGAAUAAAGAAGGAUUCUUCCUUUGCUGAAGAUUCGCCGCUUGCAUUAAAAAUGAUCAUGCCAAUUGAGACGGACGUAAAUGUAAAGACUGAAGUUGACAGUGUAAGUGAAAAAACAAAUUGCACGAACCAAAGCAGUCAAGAAGAACAAGAACAAUCGAGUGUAGUAGAUCUGAAAGUUAGUGUGAACGGCGAGUGCGGCGACAACUCGAUUCGCGAUCCGGCGGGUACCUUAAAACGUCGACGUAUCACUGAUUACGAAGAUGAAGCGUAUACAAGAGACGAGGCAAGUCUGGUCUUGCUGACUGAGAGUCAGGAUAACAUUGGCAAACGGUGUGUAUGCUUAUCGAACAUUCUUAGAAGUCUUACAUUUGUACCCGGCAAUGAGAUGGAGUUCUCGAAAAGUAAAAGUUUCUUGGCCCUGGUGGGGAAAUUGUUGCUGCUUCAUCACGAACACCCGGCUCGGACGCAGAAAACGAGAAAUUACGAUCGUGAGGAGGAUGCUGAUUUUGCGGAUUCUUGUAGCAGUCUUCAAGGUGAAAACGAAUGGUGGUGGGAUUUCCUUGUACAAAUUAGAGAAAACAUAUUGGUAUCGAUAUCGAACAUAGCAGGUCAGAUCGACAUUUCGGUGUUUAGCGAGUUGGUGGCGCGGCCGCUUUUGGACGGUCUGCUGCACUGGGCCAUCUGCCCUUCGGCCAGCGGCCAGGACCCGUUCGCCUCGGCGGGCCCGUGCUCGCUGCUGUCGCCGCAAAGGCUCGCGCUCGAGGCGCUUUGCAAGCUAUGCGUGACCAACAGCAACGUGGACCUGGUGAUCGCGACGCCGCCCUUCUCCCGCUUGGAGCGGCUGUGCGCGGUGCUGACCAAGCACCUGUGCCGAUCCGAGGACCAAGUGUUGCGCGAGUUUUCGAUAAACCUGCUGCACUACCUGGCGGCGGCGGACAGCAGCAUGGCGCGAGUGGUGGCCUCGCAGACGCCGUGCGUCUCGCUCUUGGUGGCGUUCAUCGAGCAGGCGGAGCAGAGCGCGCUCGGCGUGGCCAAUCAGCACGGCAUCGGCGCGCUCAGGGAGAAUCCCGACUCGAUGGGCACCAGUUUGGACAUGCUGAGGAGGGCGGCGACGACGCUGGUCUUCCUCGCCAGGCAUCCGGACAACAAGCCGCUCAUGGUGCAGCAAGAGUCGCGGCUGCUCGCGCUCGUUAUGAGUCAGAUUUUGGACCAGCAGGUGGCACUUUUGCUCUCGAAGGUGCUCUUUCAGAUAUCUCGCAGCUAAAAUUCUCUCUCUCCCCCCCCGACCUGAUCCGCUCCGCCCCCUUCCGCGUUAAACUGAAACUAGACCCAAGUGCUGAUGAUGCCUGCCUGCCUGCCUGCCUGCUCACUUCAAUCAAUAUGUAUAGUUAUAUGAUAUGUGGUAUAAUGAUGGUGAUGACGAUGACGAUGGCGAUGAUAAUUCAUGUGGUAGGACUAAUUCGAGCAUUCGAGCAUCGCUAUGUGAACAAAAGACAGUGACGGACAGCAGUGAUGAUGUGCGCGCGCGUUUGAUGAGAGUGACGUAAACAAACAAACAAAUGACUAGAGAUGAGAUGAGACCAGAUCUCCAAUAGCUAAUCAAUUCACAUAGUGUAAUAAUAAUAAUAAUAAUCCAUUUAUUGUACCAUUUUGUAAAUUAAGCGACAUACGUCUUUCUGGAAAAUGUUAAACAUACAUCCAUGUUACUUAUGUAUUUAUUAUUUGAUAUGAACGAACCCACCAAGAGACAAACAAACAAACAAUUAAACCAAUAAUGAUGGUAGUUAUUAAAAAAUAAAAAAUAUGUACUGUAGGCCUGACAGUGCAGGGGUGCAAAAUUGUAAAAAAAAAAUGUAAAUGGUGGUUGAAUGCUAGCAAGCAGAGCAAGUUGGAACAAGGCGAUGCAACGCAACCUCCGUUUUUGACUAUUCGUUUUUCUGCACACUCACUUCUCUUAUUUCAUGUUUGGUAUUACUGUGCGAAUGCUUUAUACAUGUCUGAUAAUGAAUUAACUAAAUAAAUGUACAAAGGAAGUACCGAAAAAUGGUGUUUUUAUACAAGUUUUAAUUUUCUAUGUAUAUUUAGAAAUGUUUUAUACAUCCCAUUUUAGCUGUUACUCUGUUAUUGAACAAGUAUGGACUGUAACCAGGGGCGUCCGAAUAGGACAGUAGCUGUCCCUUUCUAUUAUUUAUUAUUACAUUAUUAUUAUGAUUAUUAUACAUAUACUAAAAUUACAGCGCUUGUCUUAUGGUUUACUUUUACUUUUUCCAUCAAUGCUACUUUUUAUGUUGCAAAAUAUCCACCCAUUUAAUUUCAUGGGUAUCACUAAAUUGUGGUGACAUUCAAGUAGACAUUUGUUUGAUUAAGUACAAGUAAAAAUGGGACAAAAAAUAACUUAAUGUACAUAAGGACGCCACUGACUGUAAAAUUUAGAAAAAGGCAGUCUUGAUCUUAGAACUCAAUUGUAGUUUAAAAUAUGUGGUGAUAUUUUUCUGGCUGUAGGUAUUAAUUCAUCUUAUGUAUGAUUGCAUAUUAUAAAUUAAGUAAAAGGCUAAAUACAUUGAUUUUCAUUUUUUUUAUUCAUUCAUAACAUGUCCCUCUAUUUUUUUCUACGAAUUUUUCAUAGGUAUUAUUUUUACUCUUUUAUUGGCUAGACAGGGGAGUUGCACUCUAAAUCAAUUUCAGAGUUAUUUUGUACAUUACUUCAAUAUAUAUAAACAAAUAAUUAA